UUGAGCGAUGUAUUAGACGAAACAAAUUCGAAUCGCGGGUACACGAACAAGUUGACAAGUGACAGUUCAAAUAGUAAUCUGGGUGAUUAAAUAAUUAACAACAAAUAAAUACUGUGAGUAAACAACGAUACGCUCAUGUCAGUGCAAUGACCAUUGUUUCGAUAGUAACUGUGUGUUGUGUUCGUGUAUGCAGAGAUUGUUGUUGGCGGCAGCGCAGGAGGCGGCGGGCGCGCAGGCUCGCGCGGCGCCAGCUGAUACCAUGGGCGGCGCGCACCAGCCCGCUACUCCAGGGCCCAGCUCACUCUUUAUAUUAUCCAACGAAAAUCCUAUUCGGAGGUAUACAAAGUUCAUCAUCGAGUGGCCGCCCUUUGAGUACGCGGUGCUGCUUACCAUCAUCGCCAACUGCGUGGUGCUGGCGCUGGAGGAGCAUCUGCCCAACGGCGAUAAGACCAUCUUAGCACAAAAUUUGGAAAACACCGAGGUGUACUUUUUAGGAAUAUUUUGCGUAGAAGCCUCAUUAAAAAUAUUAGCAUUAGGUUUUGUUUUACACAGGGGAUCAUACCUUAGGAACGUUUGGAACAUAAUGGAUUUUUUCGUUGUAAUAACUGGUAUCAUCACGCUGCUGCCAUCACGCAUCGCGCCCGCCGUCGACUUCAGGACCUUGCGUGCCAUUAGGGUGCUGAGGCCCCUUAAAUUAGUAUCGGGCGUUCCUAGUCUACAAGUUGUGUUGAAGUCCAUCAUCAAGGCGAUGGCGCCGUUGCUGCAGAUUGGCCUGUUGGUGCUUUUCGCGAUAGUUAUCUUCGCCAUCAUCGGCCUCGAGUUCUACUCGGGGGCGCUGCAUAAGACUUGUUAUAAUUUAGAAGAUAUUAGUGAAAUAGUAUAUGAAGGCGAGAAUGCGCCGCCGUGUAACGCCGACAAUGAGUCAGUGGCUCCGUACGGGGCGAACGUGUGCAAGUACGAGAUCAGCACAUGUUUAGAGAAGUGGGAGGGGCCGAACAGGGGGAUCACGUCGUUUGACAACAUCGGCUUCGCUAUGCUCACCGUCUUCCAGUGCAUCACCAUGGAGGGGUGGACGGCCAUCCUCUAUUGGACGAAUGACGCGCUAGGCAGUGCGUUCAACUGGAUUUACUUUGUGCCUCUCAUAGUAUUGGGUUCAUUCUUUAUGCUCAACUUAGUUCUCGGUGUCCUUAGCGGUGAGUUCGCUAAAGAAAGAGAGAAAGUAGAAAAUAGACAAGAAUUUCUUAAGAUAAGGCGACAGCAGCAACUUGAGAGAGAGCUCAAUGGUUAUGUUGAGUGGAUAUGUAAAGCCGAGGAAGUAAUAUUAGCAGAAGAAAGAACAACAGAGGAAGAGAAAAUGCAUAUUAUUGAAGCACGGAGAAGAGCAGCGGCCAAAAAGAAGUUAAAAAACUUAGGGAAGAGUAAAAGCACUGACACAGAAGAGGAAGAACAGGACGAAGACUGCGGGGACGACGGUUUUUUGAAAAGCAAGUCGCGAUCAGCGGGCAAGUGUGCAAACUUUUGGCGCGCCGAGAAGAGGUUUCGGUUUUGGAUCAGACAUACGGUGAAGACUCAGUGGUUUUACUGGUUCGUCAUCGUAUUGGUGUUCUUCAACACGAUAUGCGUUGCCGUCGAGCAUUAUGACCAACCUAUGUUUCUUACUUCGUUUUUAUAUUAUGCCGAAUUUGUGUUCCUUGGUUUAUUUAUGAUGGAAAUGUGGGUGAAGAUGUACGCGCUAGGUCCACGAAUUUACUUCGAAUCUUCAUUUAACCGUUUCGACUGUGUUGUCAUAUCCGGCUCCAUCUUCGAGGUCGUCUGGUCGGAGGUCAAGGGCGGUUCCUUCGGUCUUUCUGUUCUAAGAGCGCUGAGAUUGUUGAGGAUAUUUAAGGUCACAAAAUAUUGGAAGUCGCUAAGGAACCUAGUGAUAUCUCUCCUGAAUUCAAUGAGAUCCAUCAUCUCUCUGCUGUUUCUUCUCUUCUUGUUCAUUCUUAUAUUUGCUCUACUUGGCAUGCAGCUGUUUGGAGGACAGUUUAAUUUCGAAGAUGGUACUCCAGCUACGAAUUUCAACACCUUUCCGAUCGCGUUACUAACUGUCUUCCAGAUCCUCACGGGUGAAGAUUGGAAUGAAGUGAUGUAUGACGGUAUCCAAUCUCAGGGCGGCAUCAAGAAGGGAAUGAUCUACUCGUUGUAUUUCGUCAUUCUUGUAUUGUUUGGCAACUACACGUUACUGAACGUGUUUCUUGCCAUCGCUGUCGACAAUUUGGCAAAUGCUCAGGAGUUGACAGCGGCUGAGGAAGAGCAAGUAGAAGAGGACAAAGAAAAACAACAGCAAGAGCUGGAGAAAGAGAUGGGUGCAUUACACGCAGUUGAUGGGACUCCACCGCGUGUAGACUUAAGUCCCACUUCGUCAACGAGUAGGAAGAACAAAAAGAAAGAAGAGGCCAAAAAGGAAGAUGAAGAAGAGAUACCAGAUGGACCAAAACCAAUGCUGCCAUAUUCGUCCAUGUUUAUUUUGACACCUACUAAUCCAAUUAGGCGAGGCGCACACUGGGUUGUAAAUUUAAGAUAUUUUGAUUUUUUUAUUAUGGUAGUUAUAUGCAUGAGUUCGGCGGCUUUAGCAGCUGAAGAUCCCGUAGAUGAAGAUAGUGGCAGAAAUAAAAUCCUGAACUACUUCGACUACGCGUUCACGGGCGUGUUCACCGUGGAGAUGCUGUUGAAGAUUGUCGACUUGGGCAUCCUGUUCCACCCGGGCGCGUACUUACGCGACCUGUGGAACAUCAUGGAUGCCGCUGUCGUUAUAUGCGCCCUGGUCAGCUUCGGUUUUGAAAUCGGAGGCGUGAGGGCGGGACAGAAUUUGUCCACAAUAAAAUCGUUAAGAGUGUUACGUGUGUUAAGACCGUUAAAAACUAUAAAACGGGUUCCAAAGUUAAAAGCAGUGUUUGACUGUGUCGUGAACUCUCUAAAGAACGUCAUCAACAUUCUCAUUGUGUACAUAUUGUUUCAAUUCAUAUUUGCUGUAAUCGCAGUUCAACUUUUUAAUGGUAAAUUUUUUUACUGCAAUGAUAUCAGUAAGAACACGAAAGAAGACUGCCAAGGGACGUAUUUCAUGUACGAAUCGAACAGCCUGCUGCCGAAACUACAGAAGCGUACGUGGACGACGCAAUCCUUCCAUUACGAUAACGUCGCUUCGGCGAUGCUCACGCUGUUCGCGGUGCAGACGGGGGAGGGGUGGCCACAAGUUUUACAAAAUUCAAUGGCCGCCACGUACGAAGAACGGGGACCCAUACAAAAUUUUCGAAUAGAAAUGUCCAUAUUUUAUAUCGUUUACUUUGUGGUAUUUCCAUUCUUCUUUGUUAACAUAUUCGUAGCUCUGAUAAUUAUCACAUUUCAAGAGCAGGGUGAAGCGGAGUUGCAAGAUGGUGAAAUUGAUAAGAAUCAGAAAUCAUGUAUAGACUUUACGAUAGAAGCACGACCUCUGGAGAGGUAUAUGCCAAGCAAAAGGGCAAGUUUUAAGUACAAAGUGUGGAGAAUAGUAGUCUCUACGCCCUUCGAGUACUUCAUCAUGACUCUCAUUGUCCUCAACACACUGUUGCUCAUGAUGAAGUACUAUAAUCAAAAUGACCUCUACGCGGAUAUCCUCAAGUAUUCGAAUAUGGGGUUUACUGGAAUGUUUUCUGUGGAAACGGUGUUGAAAAUCAUCGCUUACGGUGUCAAAAAUUUUUUCAAAGAUCCGUGGAAUACGUUUGAUUUCAUUACGGUCAUUGGAAGUAUUAUUGACGCUCUCAUCAUGGAGUUUGGCGAGAACACUUUCAACGUCGGAUUCCUCCGCCUGUUCCGGGCCGCGCGACUGAUCAAGCUGCUCAGACAGGGAUACACCAUUCGGAUACUGCUCUGGACAUUCGUGCAGAGUUUCAAAGCCUUACCCUACGUGUGCCUUCUCAUCGCGAUGCUAUUCUUCAUCUACGCCAUCAUCGGGAUGCAGGUGUUUGGCAAUAUAGAAUUAACGUCCGAAACAGAUAUUAACAGACAUAACAACUUUCAAACAUUCAUCCAAGCACUCAUGCUUUUGUUCAGGUGUGCCACGGGUGAAUCGUGGCCGAAUAUAAUGUUAGCGUGUCUGAAGCCAGCGAAGUGCGAUAAAGCGGCGGGCAAGUCACCAUCAGAAAUUUGCGGGAGCACCCUUGCCUACGCCUACUUCGUCUCCUUCAUAUUCUUCUGUUCUUUUCUUAUGUUGAAUUUGUUCGUUGCCGUCAUUAUGGAUAAUUUUGACUACUUAACGAGGGAUUCGUCCAUCCUCGGCGCGCAUCAUCUUGAUGAAUUUGUUAGGAUAUGGGCAGAAUAUGAUCCAAACGCCACGGGUAAGAUCCAUUACACAGAAAUGUAUGAUAUGUUAAAAAAUAUGGAUCCACCACUGGGGUUUGGUAACAAAUGUCCAAAUAGACUAGCGUAUAAAAAGCUUAUUAGAAUGAAUAUGCCCUUAGAUGAUGAAGGAAAAGUUAAUUUUACGACAACACUUUUUGCCUUAAUACGAGAAAAUUUAAACAUCAAGAUGAGAUCAGCCGAAGAGAUGGAUCAGGCGGACGAAGAAUUAAGAGAAACUAUAACGCACAUAUGGCCACUACAAUCGAAGAAGAUGCUUGAUUUGCUGGUGCCUCGAAACGAUGUACUCAAUGCUGGGAAAUUGACUGUAGGGAAGAUCUAUGCAGGCCUUUUGAUACUAGAGAGCUGGAAAUCGACGAGGUUUGGUCAAACAGAGAAGCAGGGUGUUCCGGUAUUGGAACUGCAAGGUUCUCAUCAUGCCUCCAUGGAGUCGUUAGAUGAAGGGAGAUUGCAACCGCCACACGCGUAUCAAAAUGGCCAUCACGGCAGAUCUUCUAGUUUAAGAAGAACACCAAGUCCAAGAAGAAGAGGCCAUUACGGAGGUUAUCACCACGACAUCGGAUUCUCCGACACCGUCAGCAACGUUGUCGAGAUAGUAAAACACGAGCAUCAGAGACACGGGCGAGCGCAUCGAGCGCCUCAUCAUUACUACCCGCAUGCAGGGAAGGAGUGGAGGGCGCCGUACCCUACAACCAGCCUGAGCCAGCCCUCGCGGUCGCCCAGCCCGCCACACCACACCUACGUUUGGGCACCCAUAGGUGGUGAUCGGGACCGCGAGCGGGACCGCGAGUGGCGCGAGUGGCGAGACCGGUCAUGGGAGCGCGAGGGAGCCCGGCGCGGCCGCGGCCGGCAGCUGCCGCCCACGCCCACCAAGCCGUCCACGCUGCAAGUCAAACAACAACCACCCUUCACGAGAAUCAGCCAUAGCCCCUCGCACUUAUCGUUGAGGCACACGGUACGUGAGCCCGUGGAGCCCGUGCACGACGAGUACGAGUACGGCAGAGAAGUUGAAAGACUGAUACACCGAGACUAUAGAUCUAGAGAGAGACGCGGGCGAGGAUACGAGUCUGAAGCGGCCGCUCGUACGUACGAGGCGCCGCUGAGCUAUGAGGCGGCGCUGGCGCUGGGGCGCGGCGGGGGCGCGCGCGCUCUGCCGUCGCCGGCGCCGGCGCGCGCCUGCCCAACGGGUACAAGCCGCGCGCACGGCACUCCGACUCGGACGAGGACGACUGGUGCUAGCGGCGCGGGCGCGCGCGCUCGCAGCGGGACGUGCGACCGCACGCGCACACCUUCUGAUGCCCCGCGCGCCCCUCCCCGCGCCGCCGGCCCGCCCGGCCGGUCGGCCCGCGCCCGGACGAUCUCGUUUUAUACUCGCCGCCCGCGUGUAAAUAGCCGACUGUCGUUGCUCAGGAGUCUGGACACGUCCCCUGUCUCCCCCCUGCCCAAACUCCCGCCGGCCGGCGCCCGCGCCCGCAGCCGCCCGCCCGCAGCGAGCCGCAUCCCAUGUUUAGUGUUUACAAAGUUUUGAAACGUUUAAUUUUUAAUUCGCUAAAAUUUUACUCUUUGAUUUGUAUUACGAAUAAGGUGAUCGAGGUGUUGAAACGGUGCCAGACGACUCGUUUGCGCUAGAAUUUUUACGUAAAAUGAAAUUAUUAGUCUGUAUUGUAAAAGUAAACUUUCUAUAUUAAAUUUGCACUACGUAAAAUCUACAUUAUACAUGUAUCGCCUGGUGAGACGGCGCGGGCCGACAGGCGUCGGGCGGCGGCGCCCGAGCCCGACUGAGCCCGACUGAGCCCGCCGCCGGCCGACCUCGCUCGACGCCGUCUCUGUUGAAGUUAGACGUUGGGAGAACACUAGCAAUUCAUCGUCGGACAAAAUUAAUACUAGUAUUGUAAAAAAUAUUUACAUAGCAAAUAAUUUUUACUUAGUUAAUAUUAUAAUAAAUAAAAAUUAAACAUUUUUUAUUGAAUUUGCUGUCCUUCCCCCAAGUGCUUUAUAUCUACGUUAUUUAAAUUUAAAUACGAUUAAAAAUAAAUAAUGGUGAAUUGUAUGUAAUCUUUGAAAAUACUUAUAUUUCUGCAUUUAAUGGCUACCCAAAUUGUUAACUCGUGUACUGAAAUUGUUUAAAGGUUUUGUCGCCCGGUCCGCGAAGGCUCUAACUAGAGUCGCACGCGACGCGUUGUAAGCUGUAGGAGUAUCGUGUUUUAGUAUUAUUAUAGUUAUAAACUUAUACCUCAAAACGAACGCUUACAAAUUUCAUCAACGAUGCCGUAUAUACGCGAAUCACAUACAUUCGUACACGAAUGCUCCUACCAGAAUAAAUAAUUAUACAGACCCUUGGAAAUUUAUUUAAUACUGACAUUCUUGAAAUAUAUUUUAUAUAUUCAGCUCUCAGAACAAGAACAAGCAUUUAGCUGCACAUCAGUUUUCAUAAUUGACGUGUAGUCUAACCGAACUUCACUUAACAUAAUAUCGAACAAUCGUGAGAACUAUAUUUUUCUUAAUUACGUUUUUGUAUUUUUUAAAAUGCAAAUAUUGUUUAUCUCCAAUAUUGUAACAGUCUUCAGUAGAUUAUUAAACACCCAAUGUCAGAAUUAAAAAAAAAACAAAUAUAUAACUUAUUUUAUGUAACACGAGUGUCGUCAAACUUAAUUUAAACAGCGUCAUUAUAUACAUAAAUACUAUGGACGUGACUUGUAACUUUGUUACCGAAAUUCUACAGAGUUCUUGCAGUCCACCCGCUGGCGGGUCGGUAUCAAAUUGACGAAAAGUAUUUCAACGCCAGAUUAAUUAUUUUUGAUGACACAUUCGUAAGAAGUUGCGGUGUACAAAUGGUACCGGGGGCAAAAUCUUUUAUUAUUUGUACGUAAGCAACAGAAUUGGUUUACAAUUUCAAUGUAAACCUGCCUCUUAUAGAGUACCAAUAAAUUAAUUUCAAAUAAUAUUUGAGUGGAAACCAAUUCUGUUUGCGUUUGUACCGAUUGAAUAUAAUAGUAAUAAUUGUCCUUACCCAUUUGAUAUAACGCCAUUAUCAUAUUAGUCACUUGUUAGUUGACGUCCCGUGACCGACCAAUGUGAUGUUUACUUUACAAAUAUCUUUCAACUAAAACAAUUCCAGGGUAUAAUCUUAAAAGUAAAUUGAAACCCUGCGUUAUAUUUCAUAGUAUAGUAAAUAGUCUUUUAUGUAAAUAAAAGUUAUUUCUCGUUAAAUAUGCACUUGCAGAUAUCUAUCACGUUCACAAUAGCUUUAUACUUAGCUAAGUAGGUAUAUUAUUAAAUUAUUUGCUUUGAAAUGCUAAAUUGUGACGAAUAGCUAUUUCUUAAUGAUAGUUGUCGCCAGAAAUGCAAUAUUACGUAUGUUCAUUAUAAUUUGAUUGCUUUGAGUUUGUUUGACUAAUAUGUUUAUGUUUGACAGCAUUAUCACGGUACAAUUUUCUUAUUUACGAUGCAAUGCUGUACAAACUAUGUUUAUAGGACGAAUUAACAAAAAGUUUAGAAAAUAUCUACAUCGCAACCAAGGCAUUGUUAGUCUUAGUAUAAGAAAUAUAGAGUAACUAUAAAAUCUCUGAUAUAACUGACAGCAAAUAUGCUUAACCAUAAAUAAUAACUAUAUAAAACAAUAUAUUGUUGAACAUUAAUAAUUCUAGUAGAUUUAUACGAAAUGUUGAGUUGUGAACGGCGCAUUGGUCGUGAGCGGGAUGAAUUCGUUCAACACCAUCAAAUCAUUCGUUGCAACGCAUGGUGUAGGUUUACGUACAUCACAUUAGUACGACAAAAUUGUAAAUACAUGAUUUUCUGUGAUAACAUGUGGAGAAAAAUGAGAAUAUUAUUAUUAGAACUGUGUGAUUGCAUAGGGAAGUUGUUCAUUUCUAUAAACGGCGCCGCGUUUUUGGGAAAAGCAUUUAUUACUAAAACUACAGUUUUUUUUAUUGCUAUCGGUUUGUUAUUGUUUAAGUUUUAAUUACUUAUUUCAUGCCAUAACCAUUUCUAUUUAUUAUUAACACUAAAUUAUAGGCUAUGAAACAAAUGACAAUUCUUUAACAUGUAUGACUUUAUACGAUAACAAUGUUUCUUACAUAUAACAUUUAGUUUUCUAACGAAAUAUUUUUAUUACUAAUACUAAACCAAGUAAAGAACUAUAGUGUUCUCUAGCUGUUGUACUUUUCAUGAAUAGAGUUAUUAUUUACAUCUCUGUUCUCGGCUGUCCCAGAGACGCGGAGCGCCGCUACAGUAGAUAUUUUAGUGGAAUCGAAUAUUACUCCCUCAUAUAAUUCGAUCGUUGUUGUUCGUUGCGAAGGACAGAUACGGGUAAUAUGAUAGCUUUUAUAUUUUACCUCUGUUAAAUAUAGUGAUUAGUACAAAUGGUGUACGCGGUGAUUCGUGCUCGCCCGUGUGCAUAUUUCGUGUUCGUGCAUUGGUAUUGUCCAUUAAAGCAGACCUUAAAGUUACGCCGUCUUGAUGUUCCGUUUGUAACACCUUUCUACGUGUAUCGUUCGUUUUAAAUAAUUGAUAUUAUUAAUGUUACAAUUACAAUGCUAAUCUAGACGUAUAUGAUAAAUUGUUUUUUAAAGUGUUCGCAAUGGAAAGCGUGUCCCACGAAAUAAUAAACUUGUUGAUUCUCGAUCUCAGAGUAUUAGAUUUCUUCUGCGUAGAUUUUAUUAUUUAUCAAUAUUGACUCGUGAAGAAUAUUUAUAUUGUUACUGUAUAGUAUGAAUACAUUCGUUGUUUGGGUUCAGUCAUUUAUUCGGGGUGUUGGGAUACAUAGCCGAUGGACUUUCCAUGACUGAGUGGUACGUCGUAACUGAGUGCGUCCGACUUUAGUGUUUGUGACUCCCUCGUGACGAUUGCGAUAAUGUUUCACCGACAUACGUGUGUAAGAUGUGUAAAUAUUGUAAAAUAAGUAAAACGCGGCCGUUGUGUAGAGGUCGCCUGUGAAAAUGUCUAGUGAUAUGUUACUAGUUAAUAUUAGCUAGGUAAUCUCGUCCCCAACUGUCCUUGAGUUUAAGUUGGGUGUUUCACUGCCUUAAAAUAAUAAAUGAAAAAUUCGGAGUAAUAGUUACUGUAACUAAUACAUAUAAGUGCCGUUGACAGCUAUACGUUUAUCAUUCGGCAAUCACAUCGCGAUGAUUACAAAUGCGUUGUUUUACAUUAAUUUCGAUGUCAUUUUUAAUAAUAAUGAAAAUAAAAAAAAAAUUGAAUAAAUUGUUUAUAACAGCAGCAAACUAUAGCAUUGUGACGAAAGUUAAAAAUUAAUUAUUAUUAAAUAACUCUCUUAGCUCACUUCCUUGUUUUAGGACGUUGCAGACGAGCCACUUUACCUAAUUGCGCCAUAAUAUAUACACGCGUUAGCUAUUCAUUAUUAUAACAAUUGUUAGUAGGGACUACGCCAAUUACGUACGUGCGUUAAGACUCAAAGCGGAUCAAGGAGGCAUUACAGACUAAAUUCCAAAUAGAGAAUUCAAUGUAAACAUCUUCAAAUUUAUUAUAGUAUUGAUGUUGCUCUUUAUCGGCUUGCUAUUCUAAACUAAAAUUAUAUUAAUGCAAUUAACAUUUAUAAUCGCUCUUUAUGGGCGCUGUUUACAAUCAUUCUCAGUUGAUGUAUUUCCUUCAUUGCCAUAUGUAAAUCGUCUAUAAAUCUUUGAGCAAUGUAUUUAAAACAAAUUACAAAAUAAAUAAGUGGCGAAUGAACUUUAACUUUAAAGCUGAAUAGAGAUGACUUUAGAAAUAUUAAUUGAAUAGAAAAAUAAUUAACAAAUCAAAAUGGAAACUGUUACCAUAUAAUAGAAAAUUAUAGUACAUAAAAAAACAUAUUUUUCGCGUAUACUUACAACGGUUUCAUAAAUUUUAAUAUAUUAUAGUGUUUGCAAGCACAGUGAUUAAAAGCGCAAUUAUAAUAAAAUUUCCUUUAAAUAAAUAAAUAUAAAUGGACAUUCAACGCAUUUUCACGGCGCGCGGACUCUAUUUUUUUAUAAGAACGUGCGGUGGUUGCUUGCAUUGUGCGUUGUCAAAAGAAUUGUAGAAAAUGUAGCACCUUAAAUAGCGCUUAAUGCCCUUAUAUAUAAAUAGGGGACGAAUUAUCACACCUAUAGUUAGGCUCAGUUAAUGUAUGUACCUGUUAAAUGUGUCCUUAGAAGAGCUCCUCAUAAUAUUAUUUUCUUAUAAUGGUAUAGCAUUAAUGCGUACGUACGCACCACCAUAAAAUCCAACCAUUCAAUGACAUGUACGAUUUUUAGGUCAAAUAUAACACUCAAAUAGUCUGUCAUGCCGUCCUUGAGUUUGCACGGGAUAACGUACUUACAAUCGUAGGAUUUUAAUAUAUAUACGCUUGCACGGAGCUAUUAACAGCUGUUUCUUGUUCGGUAAUAGUUAAAGCUACAAUUUUUUUGGAUCCCCAGUUAGAUUUGGAUCCGGCAUAAGUCUGCUUUUGGUAAUGUUUGCGUGCUUAAACGCAUAAUUGAGCCAUGAACUGAAAUUCAUGCUUGCAAUGAUCGCUUCAUACAUUAGUAAGUUAUGCUACUGCCGACGAUACUUAGAAGCAAACAUGAAUUUCGUGCGCUCGUUGCUUACGCUGUCGACUGUACACUAAGCAUUGAACAAUUGAAGUGAGAUGAGAAAGUCUGAGCCCAUUCGCCGGUCAUGCUUGCCGGUAACUGUAAACGCUUCACCACGAACCAUAUUUUAUAUUUAAAAUUGUAAUUGUAAUUAGCAUAGAAAGUUCAUCGGCGUCGAGAGAGCACCAUAGUAUGUUUUCGGUAUGUUCCAAUACAUUUACAGAAUAGUGCAACCUAUUGAUAUUGUAUUAAUAAAGAACCAAACUUAAAAUUAGAAUUUAAGUAAUUUAUUAUCCUAAAACUAAAAACUAUACGCAUGUUUUCACUAUACUGGUAAAAUGGUUAUGUACAAUACGAAGAGCUACUGUUUUAUAUAUGAAUUCUUGCUCGCCUGUAAAAUUUUGCAGAAUGAAUCAUAUUAUAAGAUUGUACAAUAUGAAUAAAUGCAAAAAAGACAUUUCCUCGAU